UAUUUUCCGAGGGAGAGGGCCGCUCGGGGAAGCUGCGUUCUGGACGUGCCUUCCCAAUGAAGCCAUCCAUCUCGACCCCAACUGUAACCUCUUUCUCUUGUUCUUCUUCCUCCUUCUACCUCCCCAUUUACCUCUCUUCCUCACUAUCUUCUGUUUCGAUAAUCUGUCUUACCCUUAUCCCGUCCACGAUGCGAACGUUCAUUUUUAUCGUCCUUGCCAGCCUUCUGACCGCUGCUGUCGCUCGACCCUUCCGGAGAGAACCGUCCCCAACUGGCGAUGCUCCUGUGACGCAGACGUUAUCGUUGCCCUCCACGCUGGUCUUCGAGACAUCGACAGCGACAAUCGUGCCUGAUGGUACCCCGGUCCUAGGGGAACCGGGUUAUAACAUCUACUCCUUGCUGGUAUCCCAGACCAAGCUCAAGCCAACCAUCAAGCGUAUCCAUCUUGUGAAACGCCAGGAAUACCAUAUUUUGCCGGAACCCAACGACCAAGCGGUCCAGACGACGACCAUGUCUAUGAACGGGACAGCGAGUACCAAUGCUACCCAGACAAUCUCUUCUACAAACUCUACGAAAAGUGUCGACGAGCCGCCAGCGGCAACGCCAGUCAACCUGGUACCGCACUGGAAUUCCGAGAAGCACGCAAUUGCUUUCGCGGUCAUAUUCAUCAUCGUUGUUGUUGUGGCAUUUGUUGGUCUGUUGGCACUGUACUUCAAGAAGGUGAAGAGGUUUUUCCAGCGGCGCAGACGAGACAAGAAGAGCUUGCUUUCUAAUUACGAUGGUGUCGCCAUUGACGGUGAUGAGAUGUCUUCCACUGCGCCUUUGAAUAAGGAGAGCAAGUCGGAUCGGGGUGCUUAUUCGUUCGAAAUCGAUCGCUCGCGUCCACGCUCGCCGCCUCCGGAGUACAUCGUCGAGGAAGAUCCGGCAUUGGGCUCGGUGAUUAGGGUUUACCGUAUGUCUAGAACUGGAUACAACAACAACUUUCCUCGCCGUGUGUCUGCGUUUCAUGAGCAGGAGCAGGAAAAUGAACAGGAAAAUGAGGGGCAAGAAAAAGUCGUCGACAUGAGCCCACCUGUAAUUCCUCCCACUGGCAAGCUUCGCGAGUCUGUUCAGAAACCGGUCCUUAUCGUACCGACCCCUCUGAAUCCUUUGAACCGUGUCAGAUCGUUCUCCGCAACUACGGAACUACAGCAAUAUAGCUAUGAGCCCGUUUCGCGCGGUUCGCAGGAUGAUGGCGACCUUCCUUCUCGAAACUCAACCGCGAAUGAGAGCAGGAUCACCAGGUAUUCUGAUCCGGGCCCGUAUGGAAAUCCGAAUCGGGUGUCUUUCCUACCAAGGAUCCAACGGUCGAGCUCUCCUCUGUUCACUUUUGAUGAUGAAUAGAUUGUCCGCUUAUUUCCAGUUCUUUGUUAACGUUAUGAUUCGUGGCUGAGGUGGUUGUGUUUAUUCUUAUGUUAUAUGGGUUCUAAUCAGGGUUUGGUUGGGAAUCACAUUGGGUCUUAUAUAGUUUCUCUCGUUCAUUUUGCUAUUACUGGGGUUUGAUUUAGGCUUCCCUUUACCUGUUAGGAAUGGUAAAUGGCAUUGAAGUGUUUGUCAAGGAUAAUACAUCCGCUGUAAU